GCAGCGUGCUGGCCGCGCGGGCGGGUCCUGGGCGGCGGCCCCGCGGGGCCGGGCCGGAGCGGGAGGCAGGCCAGCCGGGCCGUGCCCCGCCGCGAUGAGCGUCACGUCGUGGUUCCUGGUGAGCAGCAGCGGCACGCGGCACCGCCUCCCGCGGGAACUCAUCUUCGUGGGCCGUGAUGAGUGCGAGCUCAUGCUGCAGUCCCGCAGCGUGGACAAGCAGCAUGCCGUCAUCAACUACGACCACGACCAGGACGAGCACUGGGUGAAGGACUUGGGCAGCCUGAAUGGGACGUUCGUGAACGAUGUGCGCAUCCCGGACCAGAAGUACAUCACACUCAAGCUGAACGAUGUCAUCCGCUUCGGCUACGAUUCCAACAUGUACGUGCUGGAGCGUGUGCAGCACCAGGUUCCCGAGGAGGCGCUCAGGCACGAGAAGUACAGCCACCAGCUGCGGGGCAGCACCAGGGGCCCGGCGCCCAAGCGGGAGGAGAACUUGCCCGAGAACCCGCCCUACUGCGAGGCGCUGAGCACCAGGCCGGACAAGGGCGACCGGAGGCCAGCGACAGAUGCGGCCACCUACCGUACCCCGCUGUACGGGCAGCCGUCCUGGUGGGGUGAGGACGACGGCCCCCCGCAGCCCGGGGAGCCACGCCAGGAGGACCCCCGCCCAGAGCGCCCCAAGGAGCAGGGCCCAUCCGAGGGGGAGCCGCCCGCGGCGAUGCCGGGUUUCCGGGCGCACACAGAGCCCCCCGGCUGCCCCAUCCGCCGCGAGCCCAGCUACUUCGAGAUCCCCACGAAGGAGGCCCCGCCGCCCCUGCCACCGCCCUCACCGCCGCGUGCCACUGAGGGUGUGGCCCCCGAGGCGCCCCCAAAGGACGCGCCCCCGGGCGGGGGCACAGCGGCCCCCGUGGUGCAGAGCCACGCGUCGUUCACCAUCGAGUUCGACGAGUGCAGCCCCGGCAAGGUGAAGAUCCGGGACCACGUCACCAAGUUCGCGCUGCGCCCGCGGCGGGCCCCGGGCAAGGCCCCGGCGCCCCCCGAGGCGCUGUCCGCUGAGAGCAAGGUGGCCGACUGGCUGGUGCACAACGACCCCAGCCUGCUGUGCCGCACCGGCGCAGGGGACGCGGGGGACGGCAGCCACAGCACCAAGAGCGACGUUCCCGUGCACACCCGCACGCUCAGGGGCCACAAGCAUGAGGACGGCACGCAGAGCGACUCGGAGGACCCCGCGGCCAAGGCGGCGGCCCCCGAGGGCAGCGGACCAGGGGGCAGCGGCAGUGGCGAGCCGGGGCGGUUGCAGCGGCAGAUCAAGCGCGACCCCCGGGACCUGCUGCACAACCAGCAGGCCUUCGUCAUCGAGUUCUUCGACGACGACACGCCGCGCAAGAAGCGCUCGCAGUCCUUCACGCACGCGCCGGCCGGGGACGCCAAGGCCGACCGGCGCCGAGGCCCGGGCCCUGGCGAGCGCGAGCGCGCGCGGGCGGCGGGCAGCGGCCCUGGGGGUCCCCAGCGCGCCAGCUCGCUCAAGCGCGAGAAGACGGAGGAGCGGCUGGGGACCCCCGCCACGGCGCGCGCCGUCCGGCCCUUCGGCAGCGUGGGCCGCCGCUCCCGCCUCGCGCAGGACUUCGUGGCCCAGUGCCUGCGGGAGGGUUCCCCGGCCGCCCGCGGCGACCCCGAGAAGGCGCCCCCCAGCCCAUCACCGCCGCCGCCGGCCGACCCCCAGCUGGCCAAGGCGCGCAAGCAGGAGGAGGACGACAGCCUCAGCGACGCGGGGACCUACACCAUCGAGACGGAUGCGCAGGACCAGGAGGUGGAGGAGGCACGCAAGAUGAUCGAUCAGGUCUUCGGGGUCCUGGAAUCGCCCGAACUCUCCAGGACGUCCUCAGCCACCAUCCGCCCGGUCAUCAAAGGGGACAGAGACGAGGGCGGUGACGGGGCGGUGGCCCAGCGCCUGGCUCUCCUGCAGGGCUUUGCCUCCCGGACUGCGGGCAUGACCGGUGCCGGGGAAGCCCAGGGCCUCCCGCUGCCAGGCUCCCCCGGCAGCCAGAAGUGGGUGUCCCGCUGGGCCAGCCUGGCUGACAGCUACUCGGACCCGGACCUGGCCGAUGACGGCCCUGGGCGCCGGGCGGGGGACCCCGAGGGGGCCCUGCCUGCACGCCAGCGGCGCCUGCUCCCCCAGCUGCCCAGCGACCGGUCCGACAGCCCCGCGGGCCCUGAGGCUGCCAGGAGGAGUGGCCCUGGCCCCCCGGAGCCAUCCCGCGAGCAGGCCGGCCGCUUCGUGGGCCAGGAGGACCUGGAACCCGACAGCCUCAGUGAUGCCAGCGGGUCGGAUGGUGGUCGCGGCCACGAGCCGAGUGGGGGUCCCCAGGAGGAGAGCCGCAAGAGCCCGCAGGAGGGUCUGGCGUGGACGAGGGGCCGGCGCUCCCCCAGGACCCCCGGGGAGCCAGCUCCCACGGCUUUCUUUGUCGGGGACCAGCACGGCGAGGCCGCCUUCCCCAGGAAGCCGGGGGUGGCCUGCGGGGACGCGGAGGGCCCGGGGCGGGCGGCGCAGCCCGGCGGCCCGGCCAGGGACGGCGUGUACGUCAGCGCCAGCGGGCGACUGGUGCUGCAGCUGCGGGCUGGGCGCUCCCCCGAGCCCGAGCGGCCGCCGGCCCCCGAGGCGCUGACCGUCGUGCGCCAGGAGAGCUUCACCAAGGAGCCGAGCAGCGGCCCCCCGGCGCCCGGCCCGCUCCCGCACAUCCCCAGCCACCCGCUGCUGCAGGACCUGGCGUCCACCCGCGCCGCGCGCAUGGAGCUGCGCUCGCAGGACACGCAGCUGUUUUUGCGGGAGACCGAGACCGCCCUGGCCGCCCUCGAGGCCCAGCUUCUGUCCAAGGCGGCCGAGGCGCCCGCGCGUCCCGAGGACUCGCUGUCCGGGGACUCCGACGUGGACACGAGCAGUACCGUGAGCCUGCUCAGCGGCACGCAUGGGGCCAGCCCGGUGGGGCUUCCGAAGGACAAGCUGCCGUCCCCGCCCGCGGCACCGGACCCCGCGGCGGGCGCGCCCUGCAGCCCGCAGGCCCGGCCCGGGGAGAAGCAGCGGCAUCUCGCAGGCGCGCCGGACACAGGCCGGGCCGAGCCCGCGCGCCGCCUGGCCGUGCGGCGUGGCCCCGCGCCCCGCGGCUCCCUGGACUGGCCGGACGAGGAGCGAAACUGUGGCGUCGCGCACCCGGCCGGCUCCGACACGGUCCCCUCGGACACAGAGAUCCCCGCAGCCGGGCGCACCGUGCCUCGCCGGAGGCCGCAGGCCCCCGCGCCGGUCUCCGCCCCCCGGGAAGAGCAGACUCGGGGUUCCAGCAGCGUGCAGAAGGUCCAGCAGGCGCUGACCCGCUCCAACAGCCUGUCCACCCCGCGGCCCACACGGGCCUCUCGGCUCAGGCGGGCCCGGCUGGGGGACGCCUCGGACACAGAGGCCGGAGACGGUGAGCGGGGGCACCCCGAGCCCCCGGCCCGCCCGGCCGCCGAGCAGACCAAGAAGCUGUCCCGCCUGGACAUCCUGGCCAUGCCCCGGAAGCGGGCCGGCUCCUUCACGGGGUCCAGUGACACGGAGCCCACCCCCCGCUCGGGCUUCUCGGGCCGCAGCGUCGAGUCGUACUGUGCCAGCCGCAAGCCCACCGUGGCCGAGGCCCGCGCCGCCGCCAGGAAGACCGCCGGCACCAGUGCCCCCCGCCAGCCCUUCAGCAGGGCGCGGCCGGGCAGUGCGCGCUACUCCACCAACACGCGGCGCCGUCAGCAGGGAUCCGACUGUGCGUCCACGUCAGAGGAGGAGUCCGGCUCCCAUCAGGGCUCCCCCAAACACACGCGCCCCCGUGCCUCAACAGCCACGCAGACCCCGCGGGCCGGCAGCUCUGGCCGCAGCCGGACCCGGGCCCCGGGCCUCCGGGACACCGACGACGAGGAGGAGGGGGCCGACCCCUACGGCUUCCUAGUGCAGACGGCUGAGAUUGCCGAGAUCGCCAGGCUGAGCCAGACGCUGGUGAAGGACGUGGCCAUCCUGGCCCGGGAGAUCCACGACGUGGCCGGGGACAGCGAUACGCUGGGGCCCCCGCACGGUGUGCCCAGCAGCCCAGCUUCCACCAUCUCCGCCCACGAGGAGCUGGUGCCACGCAUCCCCGAGGCCAGCCUCAACUUCCAGAAGGUGCCCCCCGGCGCGCUGAGCUCUCAGGACUUGGACCAGAACAUGAACAGCAGCCGCGAGGACCCCGCAACGCACAGGACGCGGCCGUGGAGCCGCGAGGAGGUGAUCUUCGACAACCUGAUGCUGAACCCCGUGUCCCAGCUGUCGCAGGCCAUCCGCGAGAACACGGAGCAGCUGGCUCAGAAGAUGAAGAUCCUCUUUCAGAACUCGGGUCGCGCCUGGGAGGACCUGGAAGCCCGGAUCAAUGCGGAGAACGAGGUGCCCAUCCUGAAGACGUCCAACAAGGAGAUCAGCUCCAUCCUGAAGGAACUGCGGAGGGUGCAGAAGCAGCUGGAAGUCAUCAAUGCCAUCGUGGACCCCAGCGGGAACCUGGACCUGCUGGCCGGAAGCCGGGGCUGUGGGGGCCCCGUGGGGAAGAGCCGGCUGGUGGCCCCCAACCCGUCCUCGCCGCCUUCAGCCCUGCCCCUGCGCGGCUUCCCUCCGCGGGCCUCCUGCGGCUCCCCGGGCCUCCCCGACUUCCUGCCUGACUCUGAGAGGUUCCUGAUCUAGGGGUCCACGGACCCCUCCCCAUGAAGACCCCACACGUGCCAUACCCUGUGGGCGGGGCCUAGCGCCCAGCCCACCCCACUCCCCCUGACCGUCCAUCCCAUGGCCCCCUCGCCCUGCCCACUGGCCCGGCCCAGCUCCUGUUGCGGCCGCUGCCAGGGGCCCACCGCCACCCGGCAUCGCUGUUCUUUUGUCUUUAGCUUUAAAGGAAAGUGUCUGUCCCUGUGAUGCGGAGCCCACGUGCGCCCUCGCCUGUCUGGCCCUGCGCGGGGGCCGGCCCGGCCGGGGCCAGGGGGGCUGGCUGUGUGA